CUGUGUAAUAUACUUGGUCGCUCGGGCACUCUGAACAAUGAGUGUCGGCAGUGCGCGAGGAGCCCGGAGAAUGUGAACGUGUGAUUUAGCACCAAUGUUCAGCGCUGUGCGAUUCGCCUCGUGUGGUCUUUCAAUGGGUGAAAAACCGUAAACAUGUGGAUACCGACGGAACACGAGAAAUUCGGAGUGGUGCUGGCCAGUUUUCGGGGGACGGUAAAAUGCGGCCUGCCUCUGGAGAUCGGUGACACGGUGCAGAUCCUGGAGAAAUGUGAAGGCUGGUACAGAGGCUUCGUGCUCAAGAACCCAAAUGCUAAGGGCAUUUUCCCAUGCAGCUACAUUCAUUUGAAAAAUGCUCAAAUCAAGAACAAGGGGCAAUUCGAGACCGUGGUGCCCACAGAAGACACGGUCAUUACAGAGAUGACCUCCACGUUGCGGGAAUGGGGCACCAUAUGGAAGCAGCUUUAUGUGAAGAAUGAAGGCGAUCUGUUCCACAGGCUGUGGCAUGUGAUGAAUGAGAUCUUGGAUCUGCGGCGCCAGGUUCUGGUCGGUCACCUGACUCACGACCGCAUGAAGGAUGUCAAACAGCACAUCACUGCACGCCUGGAUUGGGGCAAUGAGCAGCUGUCUUUGGACCUGGUCCCCAGGAGAGAGUUCAGCAUGGUGGACCCUGAUGAGAUCAGCGUCACUGAGCUGUACAGACUGAUGGAACAUCGGCACCGGAAAAAGGACACGCCGGCCCCAGCCAGCACACAUCACCUGUUCGUGCACAUGAAGAGUCUGAUGAGCUCGAACCUGGGCGAGGAGCUGGACGUUUUUUUCUAUAUCUACGACAGCAGAGAGAAUCGACCGCUCAGUGAAAGGUUCUUUGUGAAGCUAAAUAAGAACGGAGUGCCCAAGUCUCCAGAGAAGACAGAGACACACUGUACCCUUUUUGUGGACUUAGGGAGCAGUGACCUGAGAAAAGACGUGUAUAUUGUUGUGCACAUCAUUAGGAUAGGGAGGAUGGGUGCCGGUGAGAAGAAGAACACAUGCAGCGUGCAGUACAGGCGUCCAUUUGGCUGUACAGUGGUCAGCAUCGCAGAUCUACUCACUGCUGACACGAAAGAUGACCAGAUCCUCAAAGUCUAUGCAUGUAACACCGAGAGUGACUGGAGUCAAAUCCACGACAACAUCAUAAAGAAAGUGAACUCCAGAUAUAACCUGUCAGGAUCCAACACGGGCCUAGCAGUGACUCUCCAGUUACUUCAUGGUGACAUUGAGCAGUUGCGGAGGGAGUACAUGGCCAUUUUCUCUCGGGGUGUGUCCAUCACCAGGAAACUGGGCUUCUCUGACAUCAUCAUGCCAGGAGAGAUGAGGAACGAUUUGUACAUCACGCUGGAGAAAGGAGAGUUUGAGAAAGGCGGGAAGACCGUAGCCAGAAAUGUGGAAGUCACCGUUUGUGCGCUGGAUGCCAACGGACAGAUUCUCAGGAGCUAUGUUGCAGCAGGGUCAGGUGAACCAGGGGCUGAUGAGUACCUCUCCUUUGUGCUGUAUCACAACAACAGUCCACGCUGGGCUGAGCAGAUCAAGCUGCCCAUCCCCGUCGACAUGUUCCGCGGCUCCCAUGUCCGUUUCGAGUUUCGUCACUGCUCCACAAAGGACAAGGGGGAAAAGAAGCUGUUUGGCUUCUCCUUUGUCCCUUUAAUGCAGGAAGAUGGACGAACUCUGCCUGAUGCCACCCAUGAGCUGAUUGUCCAUAAGUGUGAGGAGAAUGCUAAUCUUCAGGACUGUGCUCGCUACCUCAGUCUGCCUGUCUUCAAAACCAACCUGUCAGGCAACAACCAAUCUGUGAAAAGCAGCAAAGAGUCCUUCUGGAUCACCUCGUUCCUCUGUUCCACCAAACUCACUCAGAACGGUGAAAUGCUGGACUUGCUAAAGUGGAGGAUGCACCCUGAGAGGAUCAGUGACAGCCUUUCCAAACUGAAGGCGAUCGAUGGCUCUGAAAUAGUUAAGUUCCUACAGGAUACACUGGACACGCUCUUUGGAAUCUUGGAUGAGAGCCCACAGAGAUACGGCCUCAAAGUCUUUGAUUCUCUCGUGCACAUUAUAAACUUACUCCAGGACAGCAAGUUCCAGCACUUUAAACCCGUCAUGGACACCUACAUUGAAGGCCACUUCUCAGGAGCUUUGUCAUACAGGGAUCUGAUUAAGGUGUUGAAGUGGUAUGUGGACCGGAUCAUUGAAGCCGAACACCAGGAUCACAUCCAGCACGUACUCAAGGCGACUGAGUACAUCUUUAAGUACAUUAUCCAAUCUCGGAGGCUGUUUGCACUCGCCACAGGAGGACAGAACGACGAAGAGUUUCGCUGCUGUAUGCAUGAACUCUUCAUGUCCAUCCGAUUCUUCUUGUCUCAGGAGAGCAAAGGAUCCGGUCCUAUCACUCAUACACAGGCAGUGUUUUUGCAGGCAUUUCCAGCAGUCUAUGGGGAGCUGCUUAAGCUGUUCACGGUCAGAGAAGUGGCCUCAUUCGUGCGGGAGACGCUGGGGAGUCUUCCAGACACCUCACAGUCUGACUGCCCCCUAGAGACUGUCAAACUGCAGUGCAUUUCCAAAACUGUGGAGAGCCAACUCUACACAAAUCCAGAAUCAAGGUGUAUCCUGCUCCCUGUGGUUCUUCGCUUGCUACAAGCUCACAUGCAGGAGCAGCGGGAUCUGGUGAUGUGCGCACAAAUACUCACCAGCAUGCUGUCCAUCAUAAAGAGAUAUGAUACGGAGCCAGCCAUGUCUGAAGAAGUGGAUCUGAUAGUGGAGAGCUUGCUGGGUGUAUUAUUAAGGACCAUACUGGAGAUUUCUAACCGUCCUCAAACCCCAGCGUCGACCAUGCGUCCUCAGAGUCAGGAUGUCACGGGGGAGUUUGUAUCUUGUCUUUUGGCUCUUCUGAAGCAGAUGGGAGAUCAUCACUACCAGAAGCAUCUUCAGCGUUUCACCAGUAAAGAUGAGCUAAGGGAUUUCCUCCUGCAGAUUUUCACCGUGUUCCGGAUCCUGAUCCGGCCCGAGAUGUUUCCCAAAGACUGGACAGUCAUGCGGCUCGUCACUAAUAACGUCAUCAUCACAACGGUGCUCUACCUGUCAGAUGCUCUGAGGAAAAACUUUCUCAAUGACAGGUUUGAUUAUAAGGUCUGGGACUCGUACUUUUAUCUAUCUGUCAUCUUUAUUAACCAGUCCUGCCUCCAGCUUGAGACCUUCUCUCCUUCAAAGCGCAAGAAAAUUCUAGAAAAGUAUGGGGAUAUGAGGGUGAUGAUGGGUUGUGAAAUCUUCAGUAUGUGGCAGAAUCUAGGAGAGCACAAAUUAAACUUCAUCCCUGCUAUGAUCGGCCCAUUUCUCGAGGUGACGCUGGUUCCUCAGCCGGAUCUGAGGAAUGUGAUGAUCCCCAUCUUUCACGAUAUGAUGGACUGGGAACAGCGGCGCAGCGGCAACUUUAAACAGGUGGAGGCAAAACUUAUAGACAAACUCGACAGUCUGAUGUCAGAGGGAAAGGGUGAUGAAACUUACCGAGAGCUCUUCAACAGCAUAAUUCCUCUGUUCGGUCCGUAUCCUAGUCUUUUAAAGAAGAUCGAGAGAGAGACAUGGAGAGAGAGCGGAAUCUCGUUAAUUGCGACAGUAACACGUCUGAUGGAGAGACUGCUCGAUUACAGGGAUUGUAUGAAACUUGGAGAAGUGGAUGGAAAGAAGAUUGGCUGUACUGUCAGUCUGUUGAACUUCUAUAAAACAGAGCUGAAUAAGGAGGAGAUGUAUAUCCGCUACAUCCACAAGCUGUAUGACCUGCACUUGAAAGCACAGAACUUCACAGAGGCUUCUUACACACUGCUGCUGUACGAUGAGCUGUUGGAGUGGUCAGAAAGGCCACUGCGGGAGUUUCUGAGCUACCCCAUGCAGAGCGAAUGGCAGAGGAAAGAGUACCUGCACCUCACCAUCAUCCAGAACUUUGACCGUGGCAAGUGUUGGGAGAACGGCAUCCUCCUGUGUCGAGAGUUGGCUGAUCAGUAUGAAGCGUACUAUGAUUACAGGAACUUGAGCAAAAUGAAGAUGAUGGAAGCCUCCUUGUAUGAUAAAAUAAUGGACCAGCAGAGACUGGAGCCCGAGUUCUUUCGAGUGGGCUUCUACGGGAAGAAGUUUCCUUUCUUUUUACGGAAUAAGGAGUUUGUAUGUCGUGGUCACGACUAUGAGCGUUUAGAAGCCUUCCAGCAGCGCAUGCUCAACGAAUUCCCUCAUGCCAUCGCCAUGCAACAUGCCAACCAGCCUGACCAGACCAUCUACCAGGCUGAAGCCCAGUACCUGCAAAUCUACGCAGUGACUCCAAUCCCCGACAGCCAGGACGUCCUCCAGAGGGAUGGCGUUCCGGACAACAUCAAGAGCUUCUACAAAGUCAACAACAUCUGGCGUUUCCGCUAUGACCGCCCUUUCCACAAGGGCACCAAAGACAAGGAGAACGAGUUUAAGAGUCUGUGGGUGGAGAGGACAACGUUGACCCUGGUGCAGAGUCUCCCUGGGAUUUCUCGCUGGUUUGAAGUGGAAAAGAGAGAUCUGGUGGAGGUGAGCCCGCUGGAGAACGCCAUCGAGGUGAUUGAAAACAAGAACCUGCAGCUGCGUACACUCAUCACACAGUGCCAGACACGCCAGAUGCAGAACAUCAACCCGCUCACCAUGUGCUUAAACGGCGUGAUCGACGCUGCUGUGAACGGAGGCCUCGCUCGCUACCAGGAGGCAUUCUUUGUGAAAGACUACAUGAUGAAUCACCCGGAGGACGGAGAUAAGAUUGGACGCCUCAGAGAGCUCAUGUUUGAACAGGCACAAAUACUCGAGUUUGGCCUGACUGUCCAUGAGAAGUUCGUUCCACAGGAUAUGCGGCCGCUGCAUAAGAAAUUGGUGGAUCAGUUCCAUCUCAUGAAAUCUAGCCUAGGGAUUCAGGAGCUCCCAGCAUACAUGAGGGCCAGUCCGAUCCAUUUUACCAACGGAAGCCCACGGGUCGGUCGAAACUCGGCACCCAACAUCUUGAAUGUAGAGGGAGGACGUGUGGUGGCCCGCCGCAGUCCACUCAGCUAUCCAGCAGUGAACCGGUACUCUUCGUCCUCUCUGUCAUCGCAAGCCUCCAAUGAAGUGAGCAACAUCACCGGGCAGUCAGAAAGCUCAGACGAAGUCUUCAACAUGCAGCCUAGUCCAUCUACCUCAAGUCUCAGCUCCAAUCACUCAGCCUCUCCAAACGUGACCAGCUCAGCCCCCUCCAGUGCACGAGGUUCCCCUCAGUUGUCAGAGAAACACAAACAUGUCCGAGAGAACUCCUGUCUCUCUCCGAGGGAGAGACCCUGCAGCGCUGUAUUUCCCAAUCCACUUGAUCCCACACAGAGGACGAUCCCACAUCCGGCAGGUGAUGCCUCUCUGCCUCGCAGCGAACCCAAUAUCUCCAUUCCAGACAAAGUGGUCAAGCCUGCCCCAAGCAGCUGGAGUCUUGACACAACGUUCUCUGACUCUGUCGGAAAGCAGUUUUGCCCCCCUGUCCCUCCUAGGCCUCCAUACUCAGGGUCCCCUGCUAAAAGUAUGAGAUCACAGUCACCAGGUCCAGUGUCAAAGUCACCACAAAAGUACUCUGUGCCUUCCUUCACACCAUCGCCCACGGAAUGCCCACCAGCAGGACUCGUACCCAACUCCCCAGUGCUUUCUGGCAGCUACAGCAGCGGCAUCUCGUCUCUCAGCCGCUGCAGUGUAUCUGAAGCCUCAGUCACUGAAGCCACACCCUCUACCGAUCAUGCCCUCCCUACCUCCGUCUCUAGUGGCUCGGAUGAUCUUUUUCGGCGAGAGAACAAGACUCCACCCCCUUACAGCAGCAACCCGCGCCGACCGGUGCCCCUCCCUCACAGCCUUUCCAUUCCAACUAAUGCUGAUGCUCCACCCAUUCCACCAAAACCCCACCAGCUUCGCAGUGUUAAGCCAGUGGAGCCACUGCCCAGACCACGCCCCCUUCCCCGGAAAGUCUCUCAGCUUUAGUGCUGCUGGAUGAAGAUACCACGCACCACCAAUUGCACUUUGUUUCGUUGGGUUGAUAAACCCAAACUUUCAAUUUACAAAACAAACAGACUGGGUAUGUAGGAGUAAAUGGCAGGGGUAUCACUGCUAAUUCCUGCACUUUUCAGCAAUCACAGAUCAAGAUGCUCUUGCUCUGAGGACCAGGGCAUUUUUACAUUAUGUAAAUACUGAUAUGAAAUGUAUGUUUUGCCUUAAGUAUUGAAAACAGAAUAUUUUACCAUUGGGUAAUGCACGUUUCUAAGUACAUUUUAAGUACGUUCGGCUUUUUUUUUUAAAUGGCUCAGAGGUGCUAACGGCCUCCAUUCGGCUCUUCAUGUAGGCACUAGAUAAUAUCCAUGGCUUUGUUCGCGCACACGCACACACUUGGACUCAAAAGAGGCUGCUUUUUUGGAGGGCGGCCAGUACACCAAACCAUUUUAUUCAUCUGCAGGAGCAUGUUUUCCAUGAUUUCACAGGUCAUGGUUAUUGUUGAUUCGAUCUGUAGAUAGAACAGCAAUCAGAUUAUACAGAAAAUCAAUCCAUCACCUACUUGUUAGGUUGAGGUUUAUGGUUUACAUGAAUUGGUCAGUAUUCACAGCUGACACUUCAGAAUUAAAAGCUGACCACACAAGUUGAAUGCUCGAGUUUACCAGGUAUUGUGCCAAAGGAACAGAGAAACUACAUUUAUGCUGAAACAGUCAUGCUGUAUUUGCAUUCUCCAGCUCAAGAUCCACAUUAAGUCUCUGUUUCAUCAGUUUUAUUUUGAUGGACAGUCAUGUUAAAGUACGAUCGGAUUAGUCAGAGGUGUAACUGGAUAUGCCAUGACAGGCUGGUACUCACGUUACACUGCCUGAGUAAUAUUUAGGAAAGGAGCUGAAGGCAGAAGCAUCUGCCCGUGGGCAUAGAAGGAGCUAGCCUAAUUAAGGUGCAGUGCAUAGUGACUGAAUUUUUUUUUUUUUUAAACACGUGCUGCACUUGCUGGAGUUUUUACAGAAACGAAGCCUGCCAUUCUUCAUAUUCGCCGUCUGUUAUGCCAAUUACUUGUACCCUUCACAAGCUUCACCAAUUAAAAGCGUUGAGAUUUGCCCAAGUUGUCGAAUUCUCACUUUCAAAACUGCCAGUAGGUAUUUUAAGGAAUUGUUCAUUUGAAAGUCUCAAAUAUAAGACUGCAUAGUGGGCUGUGACAAUAUAUCAAGAUUUUACCAUUUCUGUUUGUACCAAGACUCUACCUUUAAGCACACCAUACUCUGUGUAGUAGCACAUCUACUCUACAACCUCAUUAAUUGAUGUUUUUUUAGGCAGUGGUUCUCAGACCAGUCCUUACAGCCUCCCCGAUGCUGCACAUUUUAGCCUAGUUUUAAGCUGUGAACUAAAAAAAGAGGUUCGGGUGAUAUCACUGAUGUGGUGGUGUGAUGUGACCAGAUGCAAACUGUUAACGCCUUGCAUUUUCAGUUACAGUUACUUCAAUUACAGUUACUUUUAAUGUCGUGGAGCAUCUGGAAAACAAAUUAGUUCCUGUUAUGAGGUACAUUAUAGCAGCUAUAAACAGUCCCUCACCCACCUGUCUUUUUUUUUUUCUCUCUCAUGAACUUAAUAAGACAUAAAAUGCAGCUUGUUAGCAAGAAAUGGCAAAACACUCCAUCCUGAAGAUUUUCCCCUGGCAGAAAACCUAAAGGGAACAGCUUUACAGCUAACAAGCACUGCAGUAUACACCUUGUCCAUCGCCUCUACUGCUAACUGUUGACCAAUCAGGUUUCAGAAUGCAGGAGCUCAAAUUAAAUUGCCUCAUAAAACAUAGUUAUCAUUUGUGUAUUGUCACAGCCCCAUUUACAAUUUCAACUAUAUUUUAAUCAACCCCAUUUUUUUCUAUAUGGAAACAUUUACAUUUAUGCAGAUUUGGGUAUUUAUUACAGUCCUAUCAGAGCCUGCAAAUAAACAUUCAGGCAUCAAUCUGUAAAUGUCCAAUGAAAUCACUUCUCUCACUGCUACAUUCUUACAUUCUGAUGAUUUCUGAUUUAUUUUGAAAGAUUGAACAAUGUUCUCAUUUUCUAAGUCAUUUUUCAAAUCGGGAUUUGUUGAGAACUAUGAAGAAACAUCUUCACAAGAAUAAACAUCACAAGAAUCAGUGCUUGGAAAUUUAAAAAAAAAAAUGUAAAUUAUAUAAUAAUGUUGUAAUUAUGCCAAAUACAAAACCUUCUCUAUUGUAAAUAUCAUGUUUUUAAAAGAAAGAAAGUAAGUGUAGCUAUAACAAAUUUACAGCUUUGAAUGUUGGAACAAAUUAUAAUUAUAAAUGUUAAAUAUUUAUGAUUUUUUUGUGGGGGGUGGAGGACUGUAGAACAAAUGAGGUUGUGCUUACACAUUUACUGUACAUUCUAAUGACUUCCUGUGUAAUAAAAUGUUUUCAACAAGCA